ACUGGCUGCAUCACAUUAAUACCAGGAUCUCACCUACAACCUCCUGUGUCUCCUAAACAAAGUUUGUAAAGUGUAUUCAGGAAGAAACAAACUUCUAACUAUGCUGAAGGUUGUCAAGAUGAACUGCCAUGACCGGCGGUUACGGCAAACCGAACCAGAGGGAAUACAUACAGAACGCCAUGCUGCUUCACCCCCCCAGCACUCAAGGGUUAAUGGUUGGUCUUUACCGCUGCACAUAUUCCAGCUAAUAGCUUGGCUUUUAUAUUCAUAUUUGGCUAUUGUGGGUUUUGGGAUUUAUAUACCUCUUCUACCAUAUGGAUGGAAAUACGCUGCAUACGCUAUAAUUGGAGUAAUAUUUGUAUGUCAUUUGGUUUCACAUCUGGUUGCUGUUACUAUAGAUCCAGCUGAAUCAAAUGUUUUGGCUAAGAAAAACUACAAUCUUCCAAUGCCUAUUUUUGAUAAGGACAAACAUAAACACGUCAUCCAAAAUCUUCACUGCUAUCUGUGUGAAGUCAGUGUUGGAUCCAAAACCAAACACUGCAGUGCUUGUAACAAAUGUAUUGCAGAUUUUGAUCACCAUUGCAAGUGGCUAAAUAAUUGCGUUGGUGGAAAGAACUAUUGGUUUUUCUUCAACACGGUGGUAUCUGCUGUUCUUGGCAUUCUGCUGAUUGUUAUAGUGAUUCUAUAUGUUUUUAUCCAGCAUUUUGUAAAUCCUGCUGAACUUCGGAUGUCUCCUCAGUUUGAAAAAGUUAAGCAGAACAACACAUGGCUGGUGUUCCUUCCGCUUGCGCCUGUGGAGUCACCUGCAGCAGGAAUUCUUACUGUUGCUGUGAUUACUUUCCUAUUAGGGAUUGUAUCACUAAUACUUCUUGGACACUUACUGGUAUUUCAUAUUUAUUUAUUGAUGAAGAAGCUGAGCACCUAUGAUUAUGUCAUGCAGCAAAGGAUCCAGAAUACUGCAAGAUCUCAAGAAACAUUUCCUGAAUCUUCACAGACUACUUUAGAGAGAGCUUCAGAUCUACACAAUCUGUCAUUUGAUGAACCUAAGAAGGAUUAUCCUGUUUCAUCAAGGUCCAGUGCAGUGAAGUAUCAGGAAAGUAUGCAACUGCCACUUAGACAACCAAGUGUCAUAUGCGCUGAACCAUAUGAUGUGACAUCUUUAAACAGCUUAAACACUGAUCAUCAGAUUUUACCAACUAAUUUGGGAGACGUGAAGAAGAAAGUGAAUGUGAAAAAAGAAAUGGGCAAUACGAGGACCAGCAAUUGUGCUGAAGCUCAAGAAAAAUCAGAUGUAUUCUUAUCUGGGACCCCUGAUAACAUAGUCCAAUCAUUAACAAAGUCUUCUCUGGAAAACCAACUUUUUAAUGAAAUUCCAUCCAAGCAACAACCUUUAGGAAGUAUGACAUCAGCAAAAACAAUAGCUACUGCUAUGAGUUCAGACAAUGAAAUGGGCAUCUCAGAAACAACUAAUUCCCCUUCAAGAGAUGAGGAAGCUUCUGUUUUAGUGAAUUUGCCAACAAGUAUUGUUUACUGGACACCACAUUUAAGUGAGGGUUAUGAAACCUUACAAAAUAAACAGAGAACUAUGCCUAUAUCUCCAUUUGAUGGAUCAAGGCCUCCUGAAGUGCCACGUCUUUCUCUCUGAGGAAAACUGUAAAUUAUAUAAGUACUGAGGGCCAAAUAGCGCAUAUUACAAAGCUCCAAGGAUGUUUUAUAUUCGAUACAAACUAAAUUUUACUGAACAAUCAUUUGCACCUUCAAGCCAAAAUGUUUUCAUCUACAAAACAAUACAAAAUACUCUCUAUUUUUUAUGUGUGUAUAAAAAAAAGGCUGCAGUUUAUUGAGUAUUGUUCUGGGAGCCAAGAAGUCAAUACAAUUUUUCUUUUUACUUUUUUAUGAAGGCCUAAACCAGGUUUCCCAGAUUAUUUUUUCAUGGAACCCUAAUAUUACUUUUUUGUGAUAAUGGGUCCCACAAAAACAUUUUUCUAUAAAAAGUAUGUUUUAAAAGUUAAUACUUGAAGAAUGAAAAGAUGGCAGCUAUAGCUGUACAGUCAUGACUAGUAGUUAUACAAUGUUGAGGAGGGAUUGCGAGGUACUGAAAAGUAGAUGUGUAUAUCUUAUUAAUGUUUCAUGCAUUUUUACCAUGUCGCAGGCAAUAGAUAGUUACUUGAAAGAUGGUUGAUACAUUCACAACUUUGAAGCUCACAAAAGUUUCCAUAGUAGACUUAAAGGGACAUGAAACCCACAUUUUUUCUUUCAUGAUAUAGAAAGAGCAUACAAUUAUAAACAACUUUCUAAUUUACUUCUAUCAUCUAAUUUGCUUCAUUCUCUUGAUAUUUGCUGAAAAGCAUAUGUAGAUAUGCUUAUUAGCUGCUGAUUGGUAGCUGCACAUAGAUGCCUCCUGUGAUUGGUUCACUGUGUGCAUUGCU